AGGACACUCUCCGAAGCAAAGCCCCAUCCGAGAGCAAAAAACUUGUCCCGCGCGCUCGGCAUGAGAGUCACAGCGCGCGCAGAGGGUGAGAGAGCGCCUCGAAAAUCCGCGUGUGAGUCUGACAACGACUGAUUAACGAGUGUGAAGUCUAUGCAUUCGUCGUCCUCUUUAAUUUCCAUCACUGCUAUCAACGUGAGGAGGACGGGACGGAGGUCUGUUUACUCGGAACUCUAUGAGCGAGCGCGGAGAGCGCGUGAGAGUUUGAGGGAGAAGAACUCAAGUGAGAAGCUUAUAUUUGGAUCUUCACCAUGGCGUACCCUCAGGGCUACUUGUAUCAGCCAUCCGCCUCUUUGGCACUCUAUUCGUGUCCUGCCUACAGUACAAGCGUGAUAUCGGGACCCCGGACAGAGGAGCUAGGGAGAUCUUCCUCUGGCUCAGCUUUCGCUCCCUAUGCCGGAUCUACAGCGUUCACCAGCGCCUCGCCAGGCUACAAUUCCCAUCUCCCGUACAGUGCUGAUGCGGCCGCCGCCGCCACUUUCACUUCUUAUGUGAGUUCCCCGUAUGACCACACGACAGGCAUGGCCGGAUCUAUAGGGUAUCAUCCUUACGCUGCUCCCUUGGGCUCGUACCCGUAUGGAGACCCAGCUUACCGCAAGAAUGCUACCCGGGACGCCACAGCCACUUUGAAAGCUUGGCUUAACGAGCACCGGAAAAACCCGUACCCCACCAAAGGCGAGAAGAUCAUGCUGGCCAUAAUCACUAAAAUGACCCUCACUCAAGUGUCCACCUGGUUCGCCAACGCCAGAAGGAGGCUAAAGAAGGAGAACAAGAUGACCUGGACCCCACGGAACCGGAGCGAGGACGAGGAAGAGGACGAAAACAUUGAUUUAGAGAAAAACGACGACGACGAGCCAAACAAGCCCACGGACAAGGGAGACUCCACAGACACAGAGGCAGAUCAUAAACUUAUCAACCCAGGGGAGAUACCAUGCGACAGAUUUAAAGACGAGACUCAUGCUAAAGAUCUUGAUCCACCUUUGACAGACUCGGAAUUAAAAGACACAGAGGAGCGGACGGAUUUGCUCGCCGAGCAAGCGAAACCCACCACCUCCUCUCCCCCAGUCCUACAGAGAGGGAAUGAUCUCAUUACGCAAGAAAAGCCCUCAGAACCGGGCCACGCCGCAAGCACGGGGAACAGCAACGUAACGUCUGUUAUUCAUUCUCCCCCUUCGGCGCCCAAACCCAAACUCUGGUCUCUGGCCGAGAUCGCCACGUCUUCGGACAGGUGCAAAGGGAGCAGUGAGGCACCACAGGCCGCGGGGCUGGGUCAAAGCACAGUCAUAGCCAGCGCUGCCUCGCCGAGCCGUUCCUCCCCUCAGUGCCCUCUCCCUAAUAACACGGUCCUUUCUCGGCCUAUUUACUACACGUCCCCUUUUUAUCCGGGCUACACGAACUAUAGCACUUUCGGACACCUCCACAGCAGCCACGGCACCAACACCAGCUCAACGGCACAUUUCAAUGGAUUAAGCCAGACUGUUUUAAACAGAGCCGAGGCUCUGGUAAGAGAGAGCAAAGUAAGAAGCCAAACACAGGUAGAUCUUUGUAAAGACUCACCUUAUGAGCUAAAGAAAGGUAUGUCAAACAUUUAAUACCGGAUUCAUCGCCAAUCACACGGACAUUUAUUUAUUAUUUGUGGUUGUUUAAAGAAGAAGCAAAAGAAGACGAAUUCUGAUUAAAAAAGAAAUAAAAAUAAAAAAAUCCGAGGACAA